CGCGUCGCGGUCGACGCGAUAUGAAAACCUUAAUUGGCAGCAGAGAAACUUGCCCUUUACCAACACUCUCCAUUAGCAAUGCAGUAUCCUAACGAAUAAACGGUUAGCCAAUUCUUGGCGGAAGCGGUACGAUGAAAACUGCUUCUCAAUGCUCUCUGCCCCCUUCUCUCAUACAUAACAGAAUUGUCCUCACUCACCUCACGGCUCACACGGAAUCGCUCUAGAAUUGUUAUUUGCUUUUGGCGGAACAGCCGCGGAGUUUCCGCGCACUAUCCCAGAUGGAGGUGAAACGCACAGCGAAGCAACCACCAGCAGCCCAAUGCCCAAACACGUUUCAUGGACGGAUGCCAUCGAGCAGCAUCCAGCGUUUCAGACAUUGACGAAGCUGCCAGGAGCUGCUGACAUUCCACCAAAACGCCUUUGCGCUUUUGAAGCAGCUCUUUUCUUUGCAGUGGGAAAAACGGUUCGGUGGAUCGAUUGUAGCGCCGUCAAAGGCUCAAAUCCGAGCGAACAGUAUGAAUACAAAACUAUACAAGUCACUGACGUUGAUUACGACAUUCUACAAAUCUGUUCGAGUCCGAAUGGCCGUUAUUUAGCGUUGGUUGGCGAAAAGAAAGUGGUCGUAAUUAGCAUCCACUCAUUGCACCUCCCAAACCCUGCACGCAAUCAGCAAAGUGAAGGAAAUGCAGACGUGAGCUUGUUGCCCGAUUCGACAUUGGCCUCUUUCUCUGUACCGUCUGACACAAGUGAUGACAUCCAUAUCGCGUCUUCUUCCUCAGUCUGCAUUUUCGAGGAUCGCGUCGUAGAAGCCAAGUUCCAUCCGUACAGCAAGUCAGACAAGUGCCUUGUUGUGCUCACAGAAACAGAGCUUCAGUUGCUCGAGGUGCGUCGUGGAUUUGUGAAGCCAGACUUCACCGUCGGAUUCUCGGACAUCAGUGCGAAUGGCACUUUUAGCGCGUUUCUCGAUGAGCGCGAACCGGCAGGUUUCUGUUUCAGCUCGUCACGGCUGGGCUGGGGCCUGUGUACGGUGUACGUUAUAAUGAAAAACGGCGACAUUCAAAUGAUUUGCCCCGUUUUGCCUAAAUACAGCGUGCUUACGCGUGCCCAGUGUCAGGACUUGGCUACAUUUGUCAAGAUGCGGCAUAAGGAGCAGCCAACGGAGAUGACUCGUCAGCAAUUACGAUGGAUUACAACUAUUCUGGGAGAGAUUUCUCUUGAACGGGAUUUUCAUUUACGGACGCUGGACAGCAGUGUGUACGAUGCUGAUGACAGAGAACUCGUUGUUGUUCAGCGACCCUCGAACAUUCACCUUGAAGUUGCACUUCAGGAACCUUUCCUUCUUCAGCCCGCCGGACAGGACUACUCCGAGACGGCCGACGCUUGCGGUCUGGUGUCGCUGGGCGUCGAACCGAUGGAUGUGCUGAUGAGUGUCAACACCGCCGGCAUAGUCAGCUUGUGGCUCAUUGUUUCUGAAGUGCAGGCCGAAUGGCGUAUCCGCGCCCGCAUGCACGAACUCUCGUCCCGCAUUCUAUCACAUGUGCACUCUUUCAGUCUCGGUGUCACGACACCAUACGCCGUGCUGGAAAAGGAUGUUCACUCCAAUGCCGUCGUUCACAUUUAUCACGCUAGCGGCGUGCACACUAUUGACUGCCGGCAUUGGGUGGAGGAGCUGUCGCAGGCUUUCGAAGACGGCGCGUUUCCCCUUACCACCGCCGAGCCGGACUCAGAGGCGGCGGCCGAUGAAGAGGUGGAGCGUGAGGACGAAGACACGGACGGCGAGGAGACCGACCGUGUACAGGAAGUCCUCGGCACAAUUUCCGAAACAACCAUGGUGCAGCAACGACUGGAGACCGAUGCCCUUCACGAGGGGAAGGGUGAUGCGGUGUUUGGGCUUGCAUCGUUGCGGCAUCCACUGUACGGGCCAGCGCUUGUGGCCAUUACGCGCGACACGUGUGUGAGCGUGAUGAGCGAUCCCCUGGCGCCGAUGGACGCCAGGGCUCUCUCUGCCGCUGAGGGCACUGCCCUAGUGGAUGCAAGCACAAACAUGCUCGACUCCCUCCUCCUCGACCCCGAGCUGAGAACUGGCGAAGACGCAUCCUUGCUCAUUCCACAGUACUCGUCGCUACUGACCCCGCCCGUCUUUCGUCGUCCCGAGCUUCCCGACGCUAGUCUUCGCUUCGUUGUGCCCUCAGGGCUCCGUGGCCCGCUGAGUGUGGACGCGGACACGUUACGCUACUUCUCCACUGUCGUUGCGCAGACUCGGGAAGCACUCGUGGCCGUGCAGGAAGGAACGUAUCGCAUGCACGAGCGACUAGACUUGCAGGCUCACGAGCUGCUGCGACAAUUUGACCGGGUACGUGAAUACACCCAGCGUGUCCAGCAUCUCCGCGAUCAGUCGGUGCCGCUGGACCGAAUCCAGGAGCUAGUUGAACGGCAAAAGGCCCUCGAGAGCCGAACCGACAAGGUGUUGCAGCGGUUCAUGGAGCACAAUGUCCCUGAGCUGAGUGAUCAAGAAAAGGCCUUCAUCAAGGAGAUUGAGCGGUGCAAGACCCGUGUGCUUGGUGAGCGAGGCUACGUGGCCCGUCUCGACGAAUUGAAGGCCCGUGUCCAACGGCUGCAGCAGCAGCGUAAGCUUUCGCCCAACGUCGUGCUUCCCUCCGUUUCGUCCUUCUCCGCAUCCGCCGCCAUCUCGUCCUCCUUCUCCCCUUCCUCCCCGUUGUCCAUCAAGCCGUCCGAGCUUACCGAGCUGCAAAACCUCCUGAAGCGCCAGCAACAGCGCAUCAGUGACCUCAAAAAACGCACACUUGCUGUGCAGCGUGUAAUCUAGGCACGCAAACACAAAAACACGAUCAUCUCCAGCGCAAUCAGCACAGUCAGCCUCAGUGUGAUCUAACAAUUAAAUGAUUUUUUGCUGCGUCUGUUGUUUUUUACCCAAUCCUUUGGGCUCUGAUAU